GUCGAUCUCGUCAAGAUAAGAUUAAACCACUUGUGACUGUUGUGUCAAUUAUGGGGAUCAUAAAAAUUUUAUCAUCAUCUCAUCGCCAAAAAAUCUCUCAGUUUGCAAGAAAUGUGACUGUUGAACCUCUUUUACCGCUAUACAUUAUUGCAAGUGUCCUAACGGCUUAUGCAGCACAGAAUUUGUAUCUUGAUAAGGCAUGUCGUGUAAAUCUUGGUUAUAGUGAUGAGAUUUGUGAUGCACUAAAGAGAAAAGAUUCAAAUAAUUUAACAGAAGUUGAGAUUGAUGUACAGAAGGUUGUGGUGAAUAUGCAAAAGUGGAAAAUUGUGAUUCAAAGCUUCAUUCCAUGCUUGUUGAUACUUUUUGUUGGCAGUUGGAGUGAUCGACAUGGGAGAAGGAAACCAUGCAUGUUGAUUCCGAUAUUUGGUGAGCUUGUCUCAUCAGCUGGUUUAGCUUUGAAUGUUUACUUCAAAGAUCUUCCAAUGGAAGUUGCUGGAAUCACAGAAGCUCUUUUUGAAGGAAUAACAGGUGGAUGGGCCACAAUGCUAAUGGGUGCUUUCAGUUACAUUGCUGAUAUUACAAACGAAAAUGAUCGAACAUUAAGAAUCGGAAUUGCAAACACAUUCUUUUCAAUUGGACUUCCAAUUGCCAUGGGAUCAGUUGGGAUACUAUUAAGAUUGACUGGAUAUUACGGAGUCUUUCUAAUCUCAACUACAAUUCACCUAAUUGCAUUCUUUUAUGCACUCUUUUGGAUCAAGGAAUCAUCAAAAUCACAGAAAACUGUUUUAAAUAAAUCUGAAUCUUCAAAAGGAACUCAAAAUAUCGACAAAGCAACUCCAUCGAGUUCAAUUCUACCACAAAACCAAACAUCAAAUAAAAAUUUCAUUCUCGACUUUUUUGACCCAACAAAUCCAAUAGAAACCUUCAAAAUUGUCUUCAUACGUGGACAAAGACUAAAAAUUUCAAUUCUGUUGUUUGUGGUGAUUUUAGUUGUUGGACCCAUGCAUGGUGAACAAGCUGUGAUGUAUUUGUACACAAGACUGAAGUUUAAUUGGAAUGAAAUUGAUUACAGCGUUUAUUUUACUUUCUCAACGUUGAUAACGAUGUGUGGAACGAUAACAACGAUAUUUGUACUCUCAACUGUCUUAAAGAUCAACGAUGCCUUAAUCGGUGCUAUUGGAUCGCUGUCAAAAAUCAUGGCAAGCUUUAUUUAUGCUUUUGCUGUGACUUCAUUGCAAUUUUACUUUGGACCUGUUGUUGAGUUUAUUCAUUAUGCUUCAUUCAUUGCUAUGAGAUCAAUUGCUUCUAAAAUUGUUGGAGUUGAUGAAAGGGUGAGUUUUUAUGGCUGCAAUAAUAAGUUUAUAGUAAAUGAACCUUUCAGUUCCCAAAAUUUGAUUGAAUCAUUUAACAAAUUCUCAUUUUAAAUUAAUAUUUUCCACAAUUUUUUGAUCCUUGUCAAUAACUCGCAACCCCAGGCACGUCUCAACUCUUUAGUAGGUCUCAUAGAGUCCCUAGCACCAUCCAUCUAUGGACCAAUGUACAGUAAGAUCUAUGAUACAACAAUAACAUUCUUUGCUGGUGCAUUUUAUCUCGUCGGUGGUGGACUGAAAGUUAUUGCUUUGCUGAUCUUCUUUAAAAUGUACAUUUCAUUUAAAAGGAAGCAGAAUGUGUCUUAUGAUGUAGAGGAUGUACCAAAAGAUACUGAAAGGAUGUCAGAGACUGAACUUGGUUAUGGUAAACAUAAAGCAAUUUUUACUAUUGGUGAUAUUCUUAGCUUACAUGUUACAUGAUCUAAUUGAACUAUAAUGAUUGUUUUUAAUGCCAUAAAGCAGUGUUGUCCAAACUUUGUGCCGCGGCACACUGGUGUGCAGUAAAUUUUUUUUAGAAAUGAUUCAAGCCAUAUGCUGUGUGCGACUUUGGUCAU